GGCCGGCGGAGGCUGCAGUGGCGGAUCCGCCUCGUUUCGUUUUCGUUUCCCGGAAGGGCCGGACCGCCCCGCACGGCGCCCGGAGCAGGGGGCGGGAGCAGGCGGCGCAGCGAGCCGCGCCCGCGGGCAGGACCGCCACCUGCCAUGCAGGGUGAAGUGAUGGUUGAUUCUUCUUCAGGCCCGGUACCAGCAGUUAACAUGCCACUGCAGUCACAGCCCAGAUGUGUGACCUCGCUGCAGCCCAUCACGGAGGGAGAAAUCUUCAAGUUGCCAGGCAGGCUCAGAAUCCAGCCCUCGCUCUGGAGCAAAGAUGAUGUGAUCCAUUGGUUAAGAUGGGCCGAGAAAGAAUAUUCCCUCCGGCCAACAGAUGAAAGCAAGUUUGAAAUGAAUGGAAAAGCCCUCUGCAUUCUCACCAAGGAUGAUUUCAGAUACAGGGCUCCUAGCUCAGGUGACGUUUUAUACGAGUUACUCCAGUACAUCAAAAUCCAGCGGCAAGCCCUUGUGUGCAGCCCAUUGUUUAAUUCACCCUUUCGGGAUGCAAAACACAUGGAGAUGCACAGCACGGUGGGAGGUAUGAACUGCAGGUUAGAAGUCUCCCCAGGAAGGGUCUCUUCAUUGCUAACGACAUGUCCAAGCCACAGAGAACAGCCCAGGUCUCCCAGAAAGGUCUUCUUCAGAGAGGAGCCACUUAAUCUCUCUCAUCAUGGCUCAGAAGUCAGCUGUAGGCCAGAGGUCAUCUGUUGUUUUCCUGCUCCCCCACCAGCCCCAGUUGAUGGUAAAAUUGCAGACUGCAGGUUACUCUGGGACUAUGUCUAUCAGCUGCUGUCUGACAGCCGGUACGAACCAUACAUCAAAUGGGAAGAUAAGGAAGCCAAGGUCUUUCGGGUUGUCGAUCCUAAUGGACUUGCCAAGCUCUGGGGGAACCAUAAGAACCGCAUGAACAUGACAUACGAAAAAAUGUCAAGAGCCUUAAGGCAUUAUUACAAACUCAACAUCAUCAAAAAGGAACCAGGCCAAAAGCUGUUAUUUAGAUUUUUGAAAACACCUGGGGAGAUAAUACAUGAGAAAUCCAGCAAGCUGGAACAGCUGGAAAGCGAGGAACAGGAGGGACUGGAUUUCAAGGAGGAUGUGGUGGAGGUAUCGCCCUAAGAACUCUAUUGCACCGUGUCUACAAUGUGGAAACACGCAGCAUCAGAGAGAUGCUCUGAGUCACUGUGAAGAACCUGGGAUGUCCUGCUGUCUCAGGAAGAAGAGACUGCCUUUCUCUCACUGGGUUGCAGUUAAAGGCUUCAAACAUUUUCUAUUCAAAGACUAAAAUGUGGAAGUUUGGCAGCAAGAGUUUAUGCACAGAAACUUGUGCAGGCCGUUGAAACUGAGAUGAAUCUGCGGGCUGGCCUUUUGCUUGCUAACGUUUUCCCACGGGUUAUUUUGUGUAUUUGUCUGUUUUUUAAAAUGAUCACAUUUGGUACGUUAUGGCUGAGGCUCUGUUGUUGAGUUUCAAGAUGGCUGGUGACUGUGACCCUAAUUCAGGACAGCACGGCUCUUAAGCAUCUGCUUAACUCUACUCUUACGCUUCAAGUUAAGCAAACUCUUCUGUACCUUGCUAAAUCAGUCACAGCUUAUGUGAAGAUUUUUGUGUGGUUUCAGGGCAGAGGGGUUCUUUUAGCUGAAUAUUUCCAAUUAAUUUCACUGUGUAUAGAGCAAUAAUAAUACUGGUUAUGCUUAGCUGACUAUGAAGGCAUGUGACAAAAACAAAAUACCAAAAUGAGUUGUAAUAGAAAUAGUGAAGGACUCCAGGUCUUCCAGUUAUUUACACAGGGGAUAACAGAAGACGAGUCCCCUGCCUCAGGAGACCAAAUGAUUGAUUAACGUCCUCAGCUGAUGUAAACUCUGCUCAGGUCAAUUAAGCUAUACUGACUCAUACCAGCAGAGGCUCUGUCCAGAAGAAACCUUCCCCUUGGGGUUUGAGUACCAAGAUACAACAUUCCCAAAGGGCUGAAUUCACACUAAAUGAGCAGUGGAAGUAACCGGCCUUAUUCUCCUUUCAUGUAAUUCAGCCCCGUGCAGAGGACUGAAAGCUUAGUGGGUGCAUAUGCUGGCUCUCUUCCGCUGCUGUAAAUUGUGGAUAGCUGAGGUUUCACCGAAGCAAGUGAGGGAAGAAUCGGUUCAUUAACCACAGGGGAUUCAGAGCUGAGUGAUCCGACUCCAUUGUCCAAGGUAAGCAAAAUGCAACUAAACUACACAGCAGCAGAGGUCAGUUUAGGUUUUUGCAAGUUCAUUUUUUCGUUAGAUAAUCUCAGGCGUUGUUCAGAAAAUACUCUAGCAAAUGCGCGUGCGGGUUUUUAAAAUCUGACAAUAUCCCAUUUUUGCCUAACAACAUUUUCAGAUCCCCUGCAGUAGUUCUGACUUGCUAUGAAGCUGUUUCUAAGGUGUCACCCUGCCCUGCCUUCUUCCAGUUUACUCAUCCUGCUUGCUUCAAGGUCAUUAGGAUUUCAAUGGGAACAAGAUUAUGCCUAAAUAACAUAUUCUAGAGGCUAUUCUCAUUUUAGGAGAGGAAACCUUGUCUACUAGUUAAAGCAAAGAAGUGCAAAGUCAGGAGGUGUGCGUGCACAAUUGCUCUACUGUGAGGGAGAUGGAUUACAACCACUGUGUGGCUUCAUGUAUAACCCACCACAGAGCCUGCCUGUUCUUUAGUAUUGACCCUCUAAUCUUUGCUAGUGUGUGUGGAGGACCAGGACUGUAUGACCACUCCCCAAUUGCCAGUUCUGUGCCUUUGAGCAAGUCACUACCACUGAGCCUCAGCUUUUUCACGUGUGAAUUGGACACAGUGGGUGCGUCUACAUGUUCAUUAAUGUGAAGUAACUACUGCGCAUUAAAUUUAGUACUUGCAAAAGGAAGUACAAAAAUGUGCAGUAGGCUGUCCUACUCGCAUUAGUGCAAUUGCAUGCUUUUUUGUGACGGUUAAUGCACAGUAGACUAAUACUACUGCGCAUAGCCUAAUAGCAUGGUUUUUGCCUGAUGCCGUAAUGCUUAGUUAAUCAGCCUACUGCGUAUUAAGCGUCUCUUGUAGACACACCCAGAACCAUCUUUCUACAGGGGUAUAACGAAGGUCCUGCAAACAUUAGGCCUAAGAAUAGCUACGCCUAUAAGCCAGUGAUUCUCAACCAGGGUUUGGCAAUACCUUGGGUUGCACUGGGAUCCUUUCAAGGGUGAAAUGUUAGCACUGUUAGGUGUGCAAAUAUGUUUCACAAGACAAACCUAGGGAUUUCAAAUAGGAAUACCUGGUGUUCAGUGAUCGUAAGGCCGGAAGGGACCUCGGAAGAUCAUCGGGUCCACCCCCCUGCACCAAGCAGGAAAACAUGUUAAUGUUAAAAACAUCCUGACCUGUUGUGGUCUUUCUGAGUUCUUUGCACCAGAAAAGUUAGUUUCUUUAGUAUUUAUUUCUGUAAUCAAAAAUGGAGUGAAAACUAAGCUGGCAUUUUUCAAGGGGCACCCUGAAUUUACUGAGGAGCGCCUUGAGUCUAACAACGUUGAGGACCACUGCUAUAAAUGCUCCCAGUUACUUCAAAGUGCCAGCAAGCUAUUUUGGUUGAUUUAGCUGAGGAUCCGACCCAUUGCUUGGAAAGUUAUUUGUGUGCAUAAAUGCUCUCAGGAUUGGGGCCUACCCCAUUAGCAGUCAAAUGCAUGCAUGCUCAAAUUUCCAGUGCUAAAUUUAGGCACACUUACCACCAAAGACUGUCCUUCUUAUAGCUCCAAAGUGUUCAGAGACUCUCUGUAUUGAAAAGCCCUAGAAAAACUGCAAAACUAUUUUGUCAACCUCUGCAAGAAACCACAAAGCUUCCAAGAAUGAGGAAUAAGCAUUCACAGGGUGCAUCUGUUUAUAAGCCUGGACCAUAAUAACCACACACCACCAAGAAGGGGAGGGUGUUUUUUUAACCACUGGAAGUCUACAGAUUUUACUAUGAUCAUUUAACUAUUUUUUUUUAAUAAGGUGAUUGAAAAUGCCUUACAAAUUAGCGCACAGUACACGUUAAGCUGAUGAAAUAUCUCAAUGGGAGAGCUUUCAUGAACUCUGUGAAUCAUUGUGAUCCUUUGUAUAAUGCUGCCCGGGUCCCAAAGGUAUUUUUGAGGCUGUUUCUUCAAGGGGUGCAAGGCAGAACGGGAGAUGACUUGUGAAUUUCAGUUUGUGUUUUUUUUUUGGAUAAAAAAAUAAAAUAAUGAAGUCAUG